AUGGAGGAUUUGCGCCAAACAGCAUUUGCAUACUACAAGUAUGCGUCGACGGAUGUUCAACGGUUGGCAGAUGAGUCUUUCUACGAAAUGGAUCUAGACAAGAACGACCGAGUGAGCUUGCAAGAGUUCACGGAAUACAUGGAGAGGCAUGGAGAUUACAAGCAUCUGUGUAACUCCCUUUUUUUCGACGAACUAAAGAAGGAAGGACGUGAAGAGCUUGAUUUCAUGGACGUGAUGACUGUCUUGUACAUUAUUUAUAGUGGAAAACCUUUUUGUAACGGGCAGUGCAAAAAAUUUAUCAAGGGAGUUUAUUUCGCUUGUGUCAAAUGCUUUGACGAUUGUGCCACUGAUGCCACUAACACGUUCAAUGUUUGCCCUGCUUGUUAUGCUGAUGGCAAAUAUGUCCAUGGCCACGACAAAUUCCUUGAUAGCUUCCUGCUUCUUCAAAGCAAGAGGAUGACAACUUUGAACCAGCAAGCAGCGUCAGUCAUUAAUGAGGUACAUAUGAAUAAUAUCGUUCUAUUUUACAUCUUUUUGUUUCCAUUUGUUUUAUCAUAUUACAUCUAUUGUUCUAUAUUACAUAUGAGCAAUAUCUAA